AUGAGUCAUAAUCAUGGCGGUGGAACAAUGACAAAUGGUACAAUGGAUAGUACCGGAACAAGUAUAGGGUUAUUAAAGUUUACAACAAAAGUUAGCGAUUUAUUAUUUUCAAGUUGGUCAACGGAAUCAUUUUGGUCAUAUACAUUAGCAAUUGUAAUUGUAUUUUUAGCAAGUUGUAUUUUAGAGUUUUUAAAUUUCUUAAAACAAAAAGUUUACCAAACCUAUUCAAAUAAUAUAAAUGACCCACAUCUAAGAUUAAGUAAAUGGAAAAAUAUUUGGAAAUAUAAAAUUUAUUUAAUGCUAUUACAUAUGAUUACACUUGCAUUUCAUUAUAUAUUAAUGCUAAUUAUAAUGAGCUUUAAUCUUGGAUUGAUAUUUUCGAUAUUAAUCGGAGCAGGUGUUGGUUAUAUAGCAUUCUUAGAGAAUCCACUUGGUUCAAAUAAUUCUCAAUACAUUUCAAUGAAGGAAACUAAAACAACCCAACCAAGUAGCCAUUGCUCAACAUCUCCAUCAACAAUUAUUAUAAACUCAUUCGAUGAAGGCGAUGAUGAAUUAUAA